AAUUUCUCACGAAGAAUUUGUGUCCUGUUUUUUUGAAGAAAAUGAGUGGUCGAGGAAAAGGCGGGAAAGGUCUCGGGAAAGGAGGCGCCAAGCGUCAUCGCAAAGUUCUCCGUGACAACAUCCAAGGUAUUACUAAGCCAGCGAUUCGUCGUUUGGCUCGCCGUGGUGGAGUCAAGCGUAUCUCAGGUCUCAUCUACGAAGAGACCCGAGGAGUGCUUAAGGUGUUUCUGGAGAACGUCAUUCGUGAUGCCGUCACCUACACUGAGCACGCCAAGAGGAAGACCGUCACCGCUAUGGAUGUGGUUUACGCUCUGAAGCGUCAGGGUCGCACUCUGUACGGCUUCGGUGGGUAAAUCUGUCUCGUUUGGAAAUCCGUUUUGCAUCUACCCAAAGGCUCUUUUAAGAGCCGCC